UGACGUUCGGGGAAGGUGGGGGCAAUCAUGGUGCCGCUGGGGAGGGGAGAAGCUGCCGCUGCCGCCGUUGCCGGGAGCCGCGGAGACAGGUCGUUACCUUUCCAUUUCUCACAAUUGGGCUGAGCACGAUUGAACCAUGGGGGAACACAGUCCAGACAACAACAUCAUCUACUUUGAGGCAGAGGAAGAUGAGCUGACCCCCGAAGUCAAGAUGCUCAGGUUUGUGGAUAAAAACGGACUGGUGCCUUCCUCAUCUGGAACUGUUUAUGAUAGGACAACUGUUCUUAUUGAGCAGGACCCUGGCACUUUGGAGGAUGAAGAUGAUGAUGGACAGUGUGGAGAACACUUGCCUUUUCUGGUAGGGGGUGAAGAGGGCUUUCACCUAAUAGAUCAUGAAGCAAUGUCGCAGGGUUAUGUGCAACACAUUAUCUCACCAGAUCAGAUUCAUUUAACAAUAAACCCUGGUUCCACGCCCAUGCCGAGAAAUAUCGAAGGUGCAACCCUCACUCUGCAAUCGGAAUGUCCAGAAACGAAACGUAAAGAAGUAAAGCGGUACCAGUGCACCUUUGAGGGCUGUCCCCGUACCUACAGCACAGCAGGCAACCUGCGCACCCACCAGAAGACUCACCGAGGAGAGUACACCUUUGUCUGUAAUCAGGAGGGCUGUGGCAAGGCCUUCCUCACCUCCUACAGCCUCAGGAUCCAUGUGCGAGUGCACACGAAGGAGAAGCCAUUUGAGUGUGACGUGCAGGGCUGUGAGAAGGCGUUCAACACGCUGUACAGGCUGAAGGCACAUCAGAGGCUUCACACAGGGAAAACGUUUAACUGUGAAUCUCAAGGCUGCAGCAAAUACUUCACCACACUCAGUGAUCUGAGGAAGCACAUUCGAACCCAUACAGGAGAAAAGCCAUUUCGGUGUGAUCAUGAUGGCUGUGGAAAAGCAUUUGCAGCAAGCCACCACCUUAAAACUCACGUCCGUACACAUACUGGUGAAAGACCCUUUUUCUGCCCCAGUAACGGCUGUGAGAAAACAUUCAGCACUCAAUACAGUCUCAAAAGUCACAUGAAAGGUCACGAUAACAAAGGACACUCAUACAAUGCACUUCCAAAUCACAAUGGAUCAGAGGAUACGAAUCACACCCUUUGUCUGAGUGACUUGAGCCUUCUGUCCACAGAUUCUGAAUUGCGAGAAAAUUCCAAUACAACACAGGGCCAGGAUCUCAGCACAAUUUCACCAGCAAGCAUCUUUGAAUCAAUGUUCCAGAAUUCAGAUGAUACGGCCAUUCAGGAAGAUCCUCAACAGACAGCUGCCUUGAUUGAAAGUUUUAAUGGUGAUGCUGAGUCAGUCAGUGAUGUUCCACCAUCCACAGGAAAUUCAGCAUCUUUAUCUCUUCCACUUGUACUGCAGCCUGGCAUCUCCGAGCCACCCCAGCCUCUACUACCAGCCUCAGCACCGUCUGCUCCUCCGCCUGCUCCCUCCUUAGGAACUGGUUCCCAGCAAGCUGCAUUUGGCAACCCCCCUGCUCUCUUACAACCUCCAGAAGUGCCUGUUCUCCACAGCACACAGUUUGCUUCUAAUCAUCAAGAGUUUCUUCCGCACCCUCAGGCACCUCAACCCAUCGUACCAGGACUUUCUGUUGUUGCUGGGGCUUCUGCAUCAGCAGCAGCAGUGGCAUCAGCCGUGGCAGCACCACCCCAACCACAGAGUACUACUGAGCCCCUGCCAGCCAUGGUCCAGACUCUGCCCCUGGGUGCCAACUCUGUCCUGACGAAUAAUCCCACUAUAACCAUCACCCCGACUCCCAACACGGCUAUCCUGCAGUCCAGCCUAGUCAUGGGAGAACAGAACUUACAAUGGCUAUUAAAUGGUGCCACCAGUUCACCGCAAAACCAAGAACAAAUUCAGCAAUCAUCUAAAGUUGAGAAGGUGUUUUUUACCACUGCAGUACCAGUAGCCAGUAGCACAGGGAGCUCGGUACAGCAGAUUGGCCUCAGUGUUCCUGUGAUCAUCAUCAAACAAGAGGAGGCAUGUCAGUGUCAGUGUGCGUGCCGGGACUCUGCCAAGGAGCGGGCGGCCAGCAGGAGAAAGGGCUGUUCUUCCCCACUCCCUCCAGAGCCAAGCCCCCAGCCUCCUGAUGGGCCUGGCCCGAAGCUACCGCCACAGACGUUUUCCCCACCGCCUGUCCCUCUGUCGUCAUCCUCCACCAUACCUUCUUCCUGUGAGCAAAGCAGACCAGCAGAGACUCCUUCAGACCCUCAGACAGAAACGUUAAGUGCCAUGGAUAUGUCCGAGUUUCUGUCCCUCCAGAGCCUGGACACCCCGUCCCAUCUGAUUCCCAUUGAAGCACUACUGCAGGGGGAGGAGGAGACGGGCCUGACCGGCAGCUUCUCCAAGUGAAAGGCCUGCGUGUGCUCACCUCCGCAGAGAGAGGCCACGCAGGAAGCGUGAGGUGCGAUGCUACCAGCAUAGGGUCAGCAGUUGGAAGGAUGAAGAAAUCUACUGUUUGAAAUCCUCAUUUUUCAGACGUAUUUUCUUUAUUCAUAUCCCAGGAGCAUCCAUUUUAAGGAACUGAUCUUUGGGGAAAAAAAAACAAAAACAACAAAACAAAAAAAAAGCUAAGUUAUAAAUGAACUGUUUGGCUGCACUGUAUGUCACUUUUGCUUAUUGUCAUGUGAACUUGGAAAUUAAGGUUACUCGUAUGCAUAAAAAUUCUCAAUGAAAGGGUGUGGUUUCCAUCAAUCAGAUGCUGCCCAUCACUUGCACUGGGGUCUUUGUGGUUUGGGCAGUAGAGUUCAGUGUGUUGGGCGUUGCUCCUCCCUGUGUGUCUUUUGAGUGUGAGGCUGAAGCUUGCUUGGAAGGCCAGACCCUCGCUCCAUCAGAGAGGGAAGUGGCAGAGGCAGGUCAGACCCCUGUGAGCCAGACAGGGAUUGGGUAAGAUGGCUUUGUUGUUUGCGCUUGGUGUUGUGGAGCUCAGGGGGGCUAUGGCGGGGGUCGUCCUGCAGCCAGCUUCAGCACACAGGGGCAGCUGAAAGCCAGGCCCGAGCCUGUGGGGACGCUCGGGUUCUGCAGGGGCCCGAGGCAAGUUGUUGACUGCUGUCUAUGGAUGGCAGGUGUGCAGAGCCGGCUCUAGCGGCAUCAUCAGAGUCUUUGCCUUCCUGGUUCUCUCUCUCAGUUGGUUGCUGGGGCUUGCAGAUCGCGGUGAAUUUUUCUUGGGAAACAUCCCUGUUUUGUCCUAGAGUGGACAUGUGGCUUAUGGCCAGCUGCUGGUCGGUGGUCUGCCUUCCUUUAAUGGUAUUUUCCUUCUCAGAGCAGGAGAGCUGCAUUUUGCUUCUCAGGAGAAGGUGCGGCUUUAAGGGAGUUUUUUUUAAGGUGCAUGUAAUUGGCAGGCCAAGUGUGCUGGUUCCAGGUUCAGCAGGCUUUUGAUUGCCCCCUCCCAUCUCUGCCUCUCACCUCUCUGGAUUUUGCAUACAGCCUAGUACAGUGCAAAGAAGGAUGUGACUUGCUCAGCUUAGUCAUAUGAUUUCUAAACAAAAACAAAAAAACAA